AUGCUAACUGCCCUUCAACUAACCCUACUAUAUAUACCAGCUGCUAACCCCUUAAACCUAUACAUGCCAACUGCCAUUCAACUAACCUUACUAUAUAUAUCAGCUGUUAUCCCCUUAAACCUAUACAUGCCAACAGUCAUUCAACUAACCCUACUAUAUAUACCAGCUGUUAUCCCCAUAAACCUAUACAUGCCAACAGUCAUUCAACUAACCCUGCUAUAUAUACCAGCUGCUAACCCCUUAAACCUAUACAUGCCAACUGCCAUUGAACUAACCCUACUAUAUAUACCAGCUACUAACCCCAUAAACCUAAACAUGCCAACUGCCAUUCAACUAACCCUACUAUAUACACCAGCUACUAACCCCAUAAACCUAAACAUUCCAACUGCCAUUCAACUAACCCUACUAUAUAUACCAGCUGCUAACCCCUUAAACCUAUACAUGCCAACAGUCAUUCAACUAACCCUGCUAUAUAUACCAGCUGCUAACCCCUUUAACCUAUACAUGCCAACUGCCAUUCAACUAACCCUACUAUAUAUACCAGCUGCUAACCCCAUGAACCUAUACAUGCCAACUGCUAUUCAACUAACCCUACUAUAUAUACCAGCUUUUAUCCCCUUAAACCUAUACAUGCCAACAGUCAUUCAACUAACCAUGCUAUAUAUACCAACUGCUAACCCCUUAAACCUAUACAUGCCAACAGCCAUUCAACUAACCCUACCAUAUAUACCAACUGCUAACCCCUUAAACCUAUACAUGCCAACAGCCAUUCAACUAACCCUACCAUAUAUACCAACUGCUAACCCCUUAAACCUAUACAUGCCAACUGCCAUUCAACUGACCCUACUAUAUAUACCAGCUGCUAACCCAUAA